UCCUGGUGUGCGCGCGGCAUCCCUCGAGUUUACCGUGCCCCUCGUGAUGCGACAUUUUCCCGCGGUUCUACAGGAUAUGCGAUUAUAAUAAGAAUACUGUCAUCAUCAUCAUAAUUUAUUCCCUCUCUUCCUCUGUAGCGGUGAGACCGGCGGGCUGUUGCAGCUGUGUAGUAUCUGUAGCUAGCAAGCGCCUAUAAACAGGCCCAGGGCUUUCUCUAAAUGAAAAAUGAAGUGUGUGAUUCCAGGAGGCCACUUAAAAGUGUUUGGAAAAGCACUACACUCACUUUCACGAAUUGGUGAUGACCUGUGGUUUGACCCAUUAGAUAAAGGGCUUGCCUUGAGAGCGGUUAGUUCUUCCAGAUCAGCAUAUGCCUGCAUCGUAUUUUCAUCAUUCUUUUUCAAUAGUUACCAUAAAGCAUCUAUUCAUGAACAAGGUCACAGUGAUGUUCUUUUGCAAAUAAAUUGCAAAUUUUCAAUGAAGUCUGUUCUGCCUGUAUUUAGAUGUUUGAGCACACUGGAAAGGAAUGUGGAAAAAUGCCACCUUAACAUAAACUUUAAUACAUGCCACGUAGUGUUUCAGCUUCUUUGCAAACAUGGUCUUACUAAAACUCAUAACCUAACCUACGAGGACCAUGAACCAUUACAAGCUGUUUUUUCCAAAACCACAUGCCCGAAUGUGCUAAAGAUCCAGUCCAGGGUUUUUUCUGACAUCAUAAUCCAUUUUCCAACAUCUCAGGAGGAAGUCACUUUGACUGCUACACCUCUGAAAAUUUCAUUCAGGAGCUAUAAUGAGGAAGAGCUUGGCUUUUCUAAAGGAAUGCAUACAGAAAUACAGUUAAGUCCUGAUGAAUUUGAUUACUUUCAAAUUGGGGUUGAUACUGAAAUAACAUUUUGUUUAAAGGAAGUCAGGGGGCUCUUGUCAUUUGCGGAGACAACCAGUGCUCUUAUUUCACUUUAUUUCAGCAAGUCAGGACAACCAGUUGUAUUCAGCAUUGAUGAUAUGGUCUUUGAAGCAAACUUUAUUUUGGCAACAUUAGCAGACGUAGAGGAUAGUACAUCAUCUCAACUGUCAUGUGGUACAGUAUUUGAGUCUACUCCUUUAGUGAAACAAAAAAGAGUAAGCAAUGCAUUGGAUGACAGCUAUAAGGAAAAUAUUAGGAAUCCACGUCUGCUUCCUACUGAAAAUCCCAUGUUAUUGACUAGGAUUGCUCCUGAAAAACAAAACAUUUAUACACCAGUAGAAAUGGAGCCACAUCAUCCUGCAUCUUUUAACAAGUUCUGUACCCUAUUUUUUGGAGCCAUUUCACCAAAGCAGCAGGAUAAGUCUAGCUGGUCAUUCAGCAGCUUGGCAACAGCUAGUGAAGAUGAGGAAGAUGGAUUCUGCAGAGAUCUCUCUCAGACAUUCUAAUAAUACUGAGGGUUUAUGUAAUAUAAGGAAAAUAUCACAUAUGUGCAAGAUCCUAUUGCAGUCACACAUUGACCUUCAUUUAUUCAGCAUUGGCCACGUGUGCAAGCAUGAUUUUCCAUUCUUCUGGAAUAAGUACCUGUUCAAUUUGAUCAAAAUUUGCAUGCGUUGCUUGCAAACCUAGACUGAUAAAUGCAACUGUCUGGGUCCUAAUAUAGUUAAUGUUUUACUGAACUUCUUAAAAAGGUCUUGUAGUAUUUAUUAUAUUUAGCAUUAUUACAUCAGUUUACUUUACAUUCAAGAAAUAAUACUUGUCGUUCCAUAGCUGUGCAUUUUGUUGUUGGAAAAGAGGUAAGAUACAUGUCAGUAUAGUGGUUAAAUGUAUAGAAAUUCAAUUUUUUCAGUAACAACAUUUGUGUUGAAUGAACAUGCCCAUAUUGCAUGCUUUUGUAUUGAUGGUGAUGAUGACUGGCCUAUUACUAACAGCUGGCGAGCAAAGCAACAUUAGGAACAGAUCAAAUAAACAUUCCAGUUAUUGAAUGUAAA